CUCAUCCCCUUCUUGUAGUUACAGGUCAUCCACUUCACUGCCACAAAUACACAAAGCUCAAAAUCGUCUUCUGAGUUGCUUGUGCCUCUGUUGUAAUUCUGGACUAAUCUAUAUGGUUGAGACAUAGAAAUGGCAAUUUCUCUCAAUUCUGUUGGGUUCAACUCAAAGUUGCCAGCUAUGUACCAGCAUGUGUCAAGAUCUUCUCUUCGAGCUUCAUCAUCUAAGACUAACCAAGUCAUUUUUCCCCUGGGAAUGAUUGGUUCAAGGGUUCAUACAAAGGGAAGGGGAAUGUGUCUUUCAGUUGCAGACAGUGAUCGUCUUGCUACGGACACCAGUGAUAAUAGUCCUGGUAGUGCUGAAGGUUCAAUUUCUAAUAAUCAGCUUUCAUCCUUGGAUUCUCCUGGAGGAACUAGCCAGCUCCAAACUAGUGUUGAUAAUGAGCCAGGACCUCAAACCUCUGGAGUUUCUAGUGGUUCCACAAUUCCAUCAGAUGUGAAGCCGGAGAGACAACCUGACUUCCAAUCUACAGCCAAAAGAUCACCUCUAACAGCAAGAGAGAGACUAAAGGCUGCCAGGGUUCUCAGUCGUUAUACGGAAUCAAAGGCAUCAAAAUCAGAAAUGGGCAGCAAAGUACUAGAUGCUCUGAAGGAAAGUGAAAAGGGAAAGAAGAGAUCUGGCCUUCCAGAAGCCCCUACAAACUUGUUUGAUGACAGUGACAGAGGGAUGCCAAAGGAAGGAUGGACAUUUGAGUUUCCAGGAGGUGCUGAUCUAUUUGUGAUAGUGUUUUCAUUUGUUUUCAUCAGCACAGUUAUGUUUGCAACAACUUAUGUUGUCUGGAAAGUUGGUGCAAUCCAUUUCAAUGAGUACUAAGGUGAAGUUCAAAGGGAUUCUGCAUUUUCGGUUACCCAUUAAAGAUCAUACUGUUUUGACGUCAGGCACUUAUGGGGUAGGAUUUUAAAGGUAUUUUAAGACGAGAUACAUGCAUUCAUGUUCAAAAGUUGUUUGGCCCGCAUUUAUGUAUCAAAGAUUUGCAUUUGGGAAUGCCAACAGAUGCCCCCACUUUUGUAUUUCA